AAAGAGAUCUGUAGAAUUGAGCCCAAUGGUCAAAAAACCUGUGUCAAGUUCCUUACGCUCGAGGCCAAGCAGAUGUUCACAUUUAUGCAAGAUCAGGGAUUUUUUUGCACUAUGAGUUUGGAUCCCACACAAACUGCACUCGAAUGCAAGCGUGUAUAA